UUUAAAUCCACCACUGUGGACUCACAGUGGACCAACACUCAACUCCCAUGGAAUUCGCUUCCUGCUCAAUUCUCAGGCCCCAAUCCUUUUCAGCCAUCUCUCACGGUACCAAUUCUCACCUCUAUGCUUUCCCCAAGAACCAUCUAAACUUGGGUUCCUCUCCAUUUUUCCCAGCUUUCCCGAAAAGCUCAACCUUUCCCGGAAAAUGUCUCCACUUUCAUCGGUUCACUGCUUUUAGCUCACUUUCCGGCGCCGACGACCAGAACCCUUCUCAGAAACUCGCUGUUCUUCUUGAAGUUGACGGGGUUCUUAUUGAUGCAUAUCGUCUGGGUAACCGCCAAACUUUCAAUGUAGCAUUUAAAAGUCUGGGGCUUGACUGUGCAAAUUGGACUGAACCUGUUUAUUUGGACCUCCUAAGGAAGUGUGCUGGCGACGAGGAAAAGAUGCUAAUCAUGUAUUUUAAUCGGAUUGGUUGGCCUUCAUCAUUGCCCACUACUGAGAAGGAAUCAUUUGUAAAAAAUGUUCUGCAAAAAAAGAAAACUGCAAUGGAUGAAUAUUUGAUGUCCAAUAGUUUACCCUUACGACCUGGACUUGAAGAAUUUCUUGAUGAUGCUUACAAUGAAGGAAUACCUGUUGUCAUACUGACAUCCUAUAGUAAAAGUGGAGAUAAAAUUUCCAGAUCCAUUAUUGAAAAGCUUGGCCAUGAAAGAGUUUCAAACCUAAAGAUUGUUGGGGAUAAGGAGGUGGAACAGAGUUCAUAUGGCCAAUUAGUAUUCGGUAAAGUCUUUUCUUCUGGUGCGGAUCAGGAAAUAGCUAAAGAGGCAAUGAAAGCAGUUUCUGCUGAGAAACAAAGAAUUGCAGAAGAGGUUGCUUCAAUGCUUAAGUUGAAUGUAGAUUUAGAUACUACCCCGUCUGAAAGCUUACAGAAAAUCAUAGCUGCCUUGAGGGCAGGGGCAGAAAGUGCUGGACUAGCUGUAUGCAAUUGUGUUCUUAUAGCAGGAAGCCAGUCUGGUGUGGCAGGAGCUGAGCGAGUUGGCAUGCCAUGUGUUGUUUUAAGAAGCAGUUUGACAGCUAGAGCUGAGUUCCCAUCAGCAAAUGCUGUAAUGGAUGGGUUUGGGGGAGCAGACUUGACAAUAUCUAAACUUCGAACAAAGAAAUGGCUAUGAAGUUCAUCGACCUUACCCUUUUUUUUCUUUUUCUUUUUUACAUAGUUGUCGAUGAUAUGUUCGGAGAAUUAUCUCCAGAGAGAAGUUUGUAAGUUCCAAAAAUGCUCAUCUGUAGCUUACUUAUCCAUUUCAGCUUACAACUUGCUUACAUUUUUAAUGCCUCCAAUUACACAAUAGAGCGCGGAAUCAACUUAUUAUGUCACUUGUUUUAGAAUCUGC